UCUUUCUUUUUUUUUUUUUUAUUCUCCAUCUUUUUUUUUUUUUUUGUCUUUGCUUGCCUGAUGAGCUUUCUUAAUUUCAGUCUGGGUGGGAAAAAGAACAAGCUUUCGAAAAAGACAUUGAAUGGAACAGAUGAUUACAAACCUUUAUUCCUUUCUCACGUCACGCAUAUGCUUGUGAAGGGUAACUUUAGCACAAUCACCGAAUUACCAAAGUACAUUGACCUGGAUGAAUGGCUUGCUUUCAACACGUUUGAAUUCUUUAACCACAUCAACAUGUUUUAUGGGUCUAUUACGGACUUUUGCACACCACAGACGUGUCCUUGCAUGUGUGCAGGCCCAGGAGUGGAGUAUGCGUGGGUGGAUGCAUCAUCGAAAAAAGUCAAGUUGUCUGCACCACAAUACAUUGAUUAUAUGGCAUCGAGUAUAGAAAAUAUGAUGGGGGAUGAAAGCCUGUUUCCAACCAAAGCAGGACGAGAGUUUCCUCGCGAAUUUCUACAGUUAACGAGUCGAAUAUUUGGACAACUGUUUCGAUUGUUUGCACAUAUAUACCAUCACCAUUAUGAUAAAAUCAUUUCUCUGCAUGAAGAACCUCAUUUGAAUUCAUUGUUUGCGCACUUUAUUUCUUUCUCUAAAGAGUUUGAUUUGUUGGAAAAGAAAGAGGUAGCCCCUUUACAAGAUUUAGUGGAUGCCAUGAUAGAUCAUGGCCUUAUUUCCUAAAAUAUUAAUAAUAAUAAUAAUAAUAAUUAUAAAAAUGCCCCUUUCCACCACCCCCCUUCUCUCUCUCUCUCUUUCUCUCUCUUUCUUCAUAAAAAACUCCCUUUUUUUUUUUUUUUUUUUUUUUUUUGCCCAUCUUUUCAAUGGUCAAACAUUCAAGUCCACCUACAGAAGGAGAAAUUAAAAGUCAACUUGGCAAUGAAGUUUUAAACUCAUGGACACAAGACAAAGUCUCUGCUUGGUUAGAAGAAAGAGGUUGGGGACAGUUCGUGUCUACGUUUGAAAGUAAAUAAAAAAGAUUUAUGCCGUCAUGUAUUUUUUUUUUUCUUUUUCUUUUCUUUUCUUUUUCUUUUUUUUUUUGGUGUAACUUAUCUAUUCUAUAAAAGAGCACAGG